UUCUAUUUCUGCCAGAAGAACAACACCAUAAACUAAGCAUAACUGCAGCUAAGAUAGCUCCGAUAGUUGCCAUAGCGUUUGACAUUCUGGCGGCUCUUGACAGACCAUCAUGAACCGCGCCAGCUCCAGCGUUCCGAAGACCUAAAGGCCGCGGUGGUUUGUUUGAAGGUCGCCUGACAUUGACACUGACACUGACACUGGCACUGACACCGACACUACCAACUUACUGGGAUGGACGCGCUCUCUCGAGGCUCCAGCAACGCCGCAGCUGCUGCAGCUACAGCUACAGCUGCCCACCAGGCUCAGGCCCUGCGUGGACCUGCGCUGGCGUCCAGCAACUCAAGCUCGAGCUCGAGCUCCAGCACCAGCACCAGCACGACUCCGCGGAUCUUGCGACUAAGUUCACGAACCGUCUCAGCGCCCGUCGAUGCGACACCACCGUUGAUGUUACAGCCUGGGGACUACGAGUACAGCGGCCAGCGCGACAGCAUCGCCUCUCUUUUCCACGACGACGAUCCCUUCUUCAAGCAGUUCCAAAGCCCCCAGACGGCCCUGGAGCUGAGGACCGCGAGAGAGCGAGAGCGACAGCGACAGAGACAGCGAGAGCAUGCUCAUGUUCGCGCCCCAGUGGUAGUGGCAGUCGACAAUCCCGCCAUGAUACCUGUGCGUCACCCUACCCUCUCCACCACCCCUCUCCCACCCCUCUCCCACAUCCGCUGGUCGAGUCCAAACUAAUGCGAAAGUUCCAUCGCGAUAGCCUCAAUCGCGAAGCGCCAGCGGGAUGGCAACCAUCAACAUUGCCGUCAUGGGGGGUGGCGGCGUGGGCAAGACGACCUUUACACAGAACGCCUUGGGACUACGCUCGCUACCCACGUCCAUCACGUCGAGUCUGCGUAUGUCGGUCGACAAUAUCGUCUAUACGGUAAGUCUGAUCGAGCUGGCUCUCGAGUCCUUUGACAUCGCCCAGGACCGCCGCAUCGAAUGGCCCAAGCAGAUCAAUGGCCAGAUGGUGCCACGCAUGGACGGUGCUCUGCUGCUGUACGAUGUCAUGAACCGCGACAGCAUUGCGGCUCUCCCCCAAGCACUGAGUACGCUUUCUCAGAAGCCCAUGAACUGAUGCCACAUGGCUAAUCGACUCCCCAGAUGGACUCGUGGAUUCUGCUCUCCCCACCAUCCUCGUCUCCUGCAAAUGUGACAAUCCGGAAAACACCCGACAGAUCAACGUAGAGAGCAUGGAAGCUGCGUGUCAUUCUUGUGUCGAGGCUCUGAAGACGGCCGCGACGGUGCCUGAAAGCGCAAGGCUGUGUCUAGCCUCCAUGCUGAAGGCCAUCAUGGAAAAAAGAAACGGUCAGUGUGCUUCGUCGACUCGUUUUACGCAACAUCUCGUUCUGCAUCCGUCUUGAUCCAAACUUUCCAGCCCCUUCAUCCCAUAUAUAUAUGUACGAAGCAUACGAACACUUCUACAUCGUAUUCCAAACCCUUGAUUUGCCUGUCAUGUUCUAGAAAAAAAAAGUCUAAAGCCCCUGCAGAUGUUUCCGCGGCCGGAAUAGGAACUCGACCCCGCGCUACGAGUAUUUCUGCUUCAUCGCAUCACCAGCAUCUUGAAACAUCCUUGAGUCAGCAAACCAGACACAGCCGCAGUAGUAGCGAAUACUCACUUCUUCGAGGUUUUCCAUCACCUCCUCUAGUAUCUUCUAGACAUCCUCCCUCUCCGCGAUCCAAUUUGCACAACCAGUUCACUAUUCCGGAUCCCCACACAGCUCCGCCCCUUUCCUCACACCCGGCCUUCCGGGAUGAGACUCUUCGAAGUGCCGAUCCUAGCAGCAAAAUUCUAACAGCCUCGAAUCCUCGCUCACCACUCCUUUCGCAGCCAAUUGACAAUAACAAUCUUGAAAUGGAAGAAUCUGAUGUAGAUUCUUCGUACCGCUACUCUGAUGAUACGUCCAUAUUACAACGAAAUGACGAUAACAAUUUUGGUAAACCGGCAAAAGUCACCGGCGUUACUUUUGAUGAACUCGUGGAUCGACUUUUGGCCCAGGUCAUGACCAGGGCAGAUUGCAACUUUAUCGACAUUUUCCUCUGUUUAUAUAGAAAGUUUGCCGCCCCUGGAGAGCUGUUUACAGCAAUUCUAGCCCGUUUAGAGACUGUCACAAACGACAGAAACACGCAUUAUCUUACCCGAACCUCAAACCAGCUUCGAAUCGUAACGGUAAUCGCCAAAUGGGUGGCAAGCUAUCCGGGGGAUUUCGCCAGUUCUUCAACGAGCCAAGCCCUUGAUAGGUUUAUAAACCAGCUAUUGGGUGAACCGGUCUUCAUGGCAGCAGCUCACGAGAUUCGAAUGCAACUUCAGUGUCGCGUCGUCGAGGAUGAUGACACGGACUGGGCUCGGACUGAUGCAGAUGCGGAGAGUGAAAGCGGAAGCAUUGCAGAGUCUACCUAUGCAUCUUCAUCGCGGCCAAGCCAAAGUGCCAAAAGUGAUUUGGUGGAGAGUGUCCAAAAUUUACAUGUUGAAGAUGAGGAGGGCAUUGAAUCUGAUCGAUUCGGGUCGAGAGCGGGCUCAACCUACUCUGGACCGCGAGACUCUCUAACACAAUCUUUCUCGGCAUCUUUAUAUACAGUGGAAGAUUAUGAAAAAGAAGCAGCCAAGAUGCUUCCGAAAGCCAAUCUUCCCCUCACCAAAUUUCGAUAUCGUAUAUUUAUGGACAUUUCUGAGGAUGAUAUAGCGGAUGAAAUGACACGAAUUGAUUGGGUCAUGUUUUCGUCAAUACGAGUUCGGGACCUUGUUCGGCACGUCAGUCUCUCCUUGGAACAAAAGGAGAAAUGCAAAAGUCUUGCAAACGUCAACCGAAUGAUCAGCCACUUCAAUCACAUUGCACAUUGGGUGGCCAAUAUGAUCCUUAUUCGAGAUAAGGCUAAGCACCGUGCACAGAUGAUGGAGAAGUUCAUGACUGUGGCUCUGAAGCUACGGCAGCUCAACAACUACAAUGGUCUUGCUGCCGUCCUGGCUGGUAUUAAUGGAACCGCAAUUCAUCGUCUUGCACAAACUCGAGCGCUUGUUCCUACGGAUGUUCAAAAACGGUUCGCAAGGCUAGUUCUUUUGAUGGGAACCCAGAAGAGUCAUUUUGCGUAUCGCCUAGCAUGGGAGAAUUCUCCUGUACCACGUAUUCCUUUUGUGCCUCUGACCCGUCGAGAUCUCGUCUCAGCUGAAGAAGGCAGCCGCACAUUCGUCGGCGCUAAUGGAGAGCGAAUUAAUUGGAAGAAAUUCGAGGUUCUAUCGGAAGUUGUUCUUCCAAUUAUGAAGAGUCAGGUCUUGCCAUAUCCAAAUCUUAAUAAAAAUGAUGACGCAAGAGGAAUGAUCUUGGAUUGCAAAAUGCCCAUUGAUGAUGAGGUAUAAGCUCCUCUGUUCCUGUCCUACUGAAUAAUAGCUAAUGGUGAGAUAGGCGAUAUAUCAACGAAGUCUAUCGUUGGAAAGUACGUCGGGAUCCGUGGACUUCACUAAAAAGAAAUUUCCGUGGUUUCAAAAAUAGAUGAGUCUCUUUCUGGCUGCUCGUGUACCUCUACAUCUCGUGUUUUUGGAAAAUUUGGGUUUUGGGAUAUAGACAUGGGAAUUUUGGGAAAGGAGAACGAUGGGUUGGGGACCCUGAAAUGGCUGGGUAAAUUUGGACCAAUCUUUUUUCUUUUUGGAAAAGGGAAGAUUGCGAAUGGAGAGGGCGAUGGAUGACGGUGUUGAGUCUUGCGCAUACCCAUUUCGGUUUUCUUGUUUUCCCCAGAAAUGGUCGGGGGAACGAUAUAUUUAUCUACAUAUCCCCCUGUGUAUGUUUAUAUGAACGAUGGGCGUCAUAUUAAUAGCGAAAUUGUAUGGUUAUUUUUACUUGCCUUUUCAAUGGGCUAGCUGUGAUUCAGCUCAAGACAGGAGAGAAGAGUAGCGUAAGGAAAGAAUAUUGAAAC